AUGAAAUAUCCUACUAUUUCUGAGAUGGCUAGGGAUAUUCUUGCUGUUCCUAUUUCCACUGUUGCUUCUGAGUCGGCAUUCAGCACAGGAGGUCGAGUUUUAGAUUCUUGUAGGACCUCCUUAUCCCCUGAAGCUGUGGAGGCUUUUAUUUGUUGUGAAGAUUGGAUAAGAUCUUCAGACUCCGAGUUGGUGGCUGAUGGAGUGGUAUUUCAAAAUGUAUAUGCAGCUUUUCAAGCUCGGAGUGCAAGUGCACCUGCAGGACCUAGUGGAAGCUCUCAUGCAGGACCUAGUGGAAGCUCUCCUGCUACCCAUGUUUUGGUCCCGAGUCCUACUAUGUCACAAGUGGAAGAAGACUAUGUCGACGACAAUUCUGAUGAGAAUGAUGAGACUUAUGUAGACGUAGAGCCUGAUGAGGAGUGA